AUGGAAGUUCAACAACCCACCUUGCCGGAGCAAAUCUCCGAUGAGGACAACACCGGCAUCCACCGCUCAUAUCUCUGCAUCUUCUGCAAGCGAGGCUUCUGCACAGCACAAGCUCUAGGAGGUCACAUGAACAUCCAUCGCAAAGAUAGAGCGAAGAUCCUGAGACAGACUAAGUCAAAAGAAGAGUACAGUUGGAGCGGCCAUAGUUCGUCGUAUAAGUACAACCCUUACUACUCUAACCUUUCUCAACUUUCUUUCUUCUCUCUGGGAUCGAAGAGAAGGGUUAAUGAGCUGAGGCUUCUUAGAGAUGACCAUGGAAGAAGAGAUGGUAAGGGCGGAGAGGAGAUGAGGAUGAAGAGAGACGAGGGGGAAGCAAGAGGAUUGGAUUUGGAGCUCCGACUUGGUCUUCAGCCUUCGAUGUAA